AAAUAAAUUUACUUUUAUAUCUAUCUAGAUUGUCCAUACGAAAACUCAAAUCAACAUAAGCAAGAAAUUUCUGAAUUUUCUAUGUACCAAAAAAAGAACAACUUCUAAAAAUUCAUACCGACUUGAUUUAUAUAGCUUUGAUAUUUCACUUUCCAAUUGUUAUGGGAGGAGUCAAUACUGGCCCACAAGUCCACAAUACUGGAAGCUACCUCUGAUACGAAAUUAACCGAAUGGCGAUUGAGGUGGGUGUGCGGUUCAUCUUCUUCAUUUAACCCAACAUUGUUAGCUUUCCUACCUCCCAGCCACACGUCUUUAUUGUAUCCCCCUGAUAGAGGCCCAAACUCAUCUCUUAUUUUCUUAUUGCAACCGCUGCUUUGCUUCUACUUGGUGUCUGUAUGACAUCUCGUUCAAAAUUCCCAGUUCUUCCUUUGGUUCUCUCAGUUUCUGUUGUUAUCUGUGAAUCUUGAGCUGAAUUCUUUGAAGUUUAAAGUGUUUGUUUUGUUUUUCAUUUGGUGAAUUGGGUCUCUCUCAUUUCAUCUCCAAAAUGAAGGUCACUGUGGUUUCACGCAGUGGUAGAGAGCUGGUUAAAGGAGGCCUUGAGCUUAAUGAUUCGGCUUCUGUGGCUGAUCUGCAGGAGGCAAUUUAUAAGAGAACUAAAAAAUUCUACCCUUCAAGACAGCGGCUGACCCUGCCUCUUCCACCAGGAUCAAAGGACAGGCCUAUUGUCCUCAAUUACAAGAAGAGUCUUAAGGAUUACUGUGAUGGGAAUUCAGACAACAUAACUGUAGUUUUCAAGGACUUGGGUCCACAAGUUUCUUACCGCACGCUUUUUUUCUGGGAGUACUUGGGUCCUUUGAUCCUAUACCCUGUCUUUUACUUCUUCCCGGUGUACCAGUACUUUGGCUACAAGGGGGAACGUGUCAUCCAUCCAGUUCAGACAUAUGCUUUAUGCUACUGGUGUUUCCACUACUUCAAACGUAUUAUGGAAACAUUUUUUGUGCACCGAUUCAGUCAUGCAACUUCACCUCUGUCCAAUGUUUUCCGAAAUUGUGCUUAUUAUUGGACCUUUGGUUCCUACAUUGCCUACUAUCUGAACCACCCACUUUAUACUCCUGUUAGUGAUCUUCAAAUGAAGAUUGGAUUUGGCUUUGGUUUGAUUUGUCAAGUUGCAAAUUUUUAUUGCCACAUUUUGCUGAGAAAUCUUCGCACUCCAGAUGGGAGUGGAGGGUACCAAAUCCCACGUGGGUUUCUCUUCAAUAUUGUGACAUGUGCAAAUUACACAACUGAGAUUUAUCAGUGGUUGGGUUUCACUAUUGCAACACAGACUGUUGCAGGCUAUGCCUUUUUAGUGGUUGCUGCUAUGAUCAUGACCAACUGGGCCCUUGCAAAGCACCGGCGAUUGAAGAAGCUUUUUGAUGGAAAGGAUGGAAGACCUAAAUAUCCUCGCCGAUGGGUUAUCCUGCCCCCAUUCCUGUAGAAAUGACCAGCUAUUCUGCUACUUGUUCGAUGCUUCAGCACUUGGUUUUGGGCAACAUUGUGAAUUCCAGAUUGUGGUUCAUUCUUCUCAGAUAUUAGGAGGAGCUCACACUUUCAACGAAUUGCUUGAAGAUCUUAGUCUCUUUUAUUUAGACAGGAAAUUACUGGAAAAUAGGGGAUAAUCAUGUCAAAUGCUUUUUUCUUUUUCUUUUUUUUAAAUUUUAUUAAAACUAUCUCCAGUCUGUUAAAUUACUUGCGGAGUUCUAUGAAUCUUAUUGGUUUAACUAAUUUAUUGAAUUGUGGCUUCUUGAGGAUCA